AUGUCACUCCAAGCCCAGAAUAUAUACGAGGAUCAGAAUUUUUUCGCAGCAUACCGCCAGUUGCCGCGAUCACAGAAUGGCCUGGCGGGCGCACCUGAAUGGCCAACUCUACGCAACAUGAUUUAUUCCGAAAUUAAAGGCCCUGAUCACGCAACGCAGCGUUGCGGCCUGAACGACCUUCGUGUUCUGGAUUUGGGAUGCGGCUAUGGCUGGUUUGCGCGGUGGGCUAGAGAUGAAGGAGCCGCAUAUGUGAAAGGCAUCGACAUCUCCGACAAGAUGAUUUCUCACGCGAGGACGUUUGAGAGCCAGACGCCACUGUCUAGCGACCGAGCUGAAUAUGAUGGGUCAGCCUGCAUGGAAAUACAAUAUGAAGUUGGAGAUAUCCAAACCAUUCACCUUGCCGAUGCACCAGAAGUCGCGCCAUACGACCUUGUUUAUAGUUCUCUCACAUUCCACUACGUGGAGGACAUAGGAAAGGUUUAUCAAGAGAUCCAUCGCUCUUUGAAACCGGGUGGAACAUUGGUCUUCUCGGUGGAACACCCCGUUUUCUCUGCGCCCAUUCGCCCUAGCCCGGAUUGGCUCACCACAGUGGAUGAUGGCCAAGAAGUGAAUGUAUGGCCGUUGAACUCUUACAGUGAGGAGGGAUGGCGGAUUUCUAACUGGCUGGGCGUUAAUGGCGUGAGGAAGUAUCAUCGCACCGUGGAGACCUACAUUUGCGAGUUGAUAAAUAACGGAUUCAUGCUUAAAGGAUUGAAGGAAUGGGUUCCAUCCAAGGAAGAUGUUGCGACACACCCAGAAUGGGCAGAUGAAAGAAACCGACCGUACUUUCUACUGAUAUCCGCGAGUGCAAGAUAG